AUGGACUUCCCUCGCGGCCUGCCCGACAAUCCGGCACAGGCCCGUCGGGCUGUAUUCGCGAAUCCGCCCCCUCCACCUCCGGUACCCAGCCUUCGAAAUGUGCCGUCGAACUCGAACCUUUCGGCGUCCCAGCCUGUCUCCCCCAGCCAAGUGCUCGCCAUGGCAAAAAAGGCGAUGCGUGCUGCCAGGGAGAACGAAAACAAGGCGGCGGAGGCCAGCGGUGUCAGCAACACGCUGGAGACGAACCUUGGCUAUGGCCUCACUAUCGACCUGAGCAGGAAGAAGAUUCGCGAGCUACCCGAGGAGAUUGUGGACGUAAUAAAGGACGAAUUGGAGCGCCUUGCACUGUCGCACAAUUACCUCGAGACGUUUCCCGCGCGGUUCUCGGAAUGCACAUCACUGCGCUAUCUCAAUGUGAGGCAGAACAAAAUCAAGGAAUUUCCCGUCGCGCUCUGCGAUCUCAAAUCGCUCGAAAUUCUUGACCUAAGGCGAAACAUGUUGCAGGUUUUACCGCCAGAAAUCGUCAAGUUAUCGUCGCUCAAAGUGUUGUCCGUGGCAGAAAACCAAAUCACUCACCUGCCGCUAUAUCUUGCCGAUAUGCCGUCUCUCUCUGUGAUCAAGUUAGAGGGGAAUCCUCUCAAGUUCCCACCCAUAGAGGUACUGCAGGUGCCGGGUGGGGGGGAAGGCGAGCUGACGGAGGUGGCUGCGGUCAUAAAGAAGUUUUUGAAGCAAGAAGCGACCAGUGCCUUGGAUUCGCCUAGUGAAGGCGCAUCUGAGGGCGCCGAGACACCCCGGCCGACCAUCAAGCGAGUGUUUAGUGGCCGAUUCCCGAUUAAAGUGAACGGCAGCGAUGUUUCGGACCUCCGAUCUCCAGCCCUACCGCGCCCUCCGCCGAUCCCGACUCGGUCGCACUUCCGUGGCUUAUCGCAGCAAAACGGGGCCCAGCGCAGGCCAGGAGUCAUGCCCUUGACCAUUGGCAACCCAAACGAGCGCCUCCGCAGCAAUUCAGAGACCAUAGUCCAGACCUCAAGCCGAGAACGGUCAGAAAGUCGAUCCCGACGUAUGGGCAUGGUCUCCAGGAAGCCUUCGGAACUUAGUACGCUAGAAGAAAUUGAAGGAAACAACCGGCUCAGCCAUUACCGGGGCCUCAGCCAUGGUUCGGCAAUGCAAGGAAGCGCUGCAGCCGCACAGAAUAAGAGCCCGAGUUCGGGCAGCCCGGCCGAUCCCGCCUUGCAACGGCCUGUGUAUAUCCGCAGGCUCUCGGUUCUGCCGGAGCGGCGCCGCGAAUCCAAGGUUGUAGAUCCGGUUCUGGAGGCUGCCAAGGGCAUUCUCUAUUCCAUCUUCCAGAUUCACCCCAUGAUCCAGAUGUUGAUUGGCUUGGCCAAUGACGGCACGACCCGCCGAUCAAAUCUAGAGAUUGUCUUUUACAACACCAAUGCCCACGUUGAGCAAUUGGAACUCGAGAUACAGAAGCACGACCAGACUGCAGAGGACGGGGACGGGCGGCGGGAGAAUGAGAACGUCCAGAGAGCCUGUCUGACCCUCAUCAACGCCUACACUCACGUGUGCUCGCUCCUGAUGACCAAUGUCGACCAGUUCCUGGACAAUGGUGAUCCGCGGUAUAUACGGACACUGCUGACGCAGCUCUACAACAGCGUCAUGGAGCUGCGCGCAACAUGCUUACAGGGCACACUCGAGGAUGGCCAACGUUCCCUUCCCAUUCCGGCCCGGCCGGACCCGGGGGACACGCUCCGCCCUCACUCGCGUGAGAACUCGGUCACUCCGACAAUCGAGCGGGCCGCUGCAAAUGGCAAGCCUCGCAACAGUCCUUUCGUCUACAAUCCGAGCAACUUGCGAGUCGCUACCGAUGUCUCGGUGCCCGAGAUGAACGGAUCAAUUCGGACAGCGACAGUAAGUGCCGUCACGCCGCGAUCUGGCGAGUCCUUCGCCUCUACCAGCACCUCGGGUGCCCGGAAUCUGUCUGCCGAUUUCACUGAAGAGGACCGCGCUUUUGAGCGGAUAUUCCUCUCCCUGCAAAAGACAACGGACCUGGUGAUGCGCAUUCUGCCUCCGAUGAACACGCAGUUCAUGUCCUCGAUGCGGAGCGCGAUCGGGGUGCGCUCACCCGAGCAUGUGGUGCAGGCUUGGAGAGCACUCGUUGCCAAGUGCAACACGGCAAUCCAGCAAACGGAGGCGCUCAAGGCCAAACUGUCAACAAUCAAAUUAAAAGAGCCCGGCAUCCGGACGCGGCAGUCGUUCUGGCGCAUGUGCAGCAGCUUCAUGGAUUCGUGGUACGAACUCGUUAAGAAGAUCAAGUCGUUGCAGAACGACAUACAGCUUCCUAUCGACAUCAAAGCCAGAUUACGGCCCAUCCAGCAGAGUAUGAAGGAGACGUGCGACCUCAUGAUGUCUUCGCCGUGGGCCUACUUUGCGCGCCAAUCGGGACCUGAACAGAUCGCCAGCCCCUACAGCGCGCAGUCUAGCACUCCGCUGCCCAUGACCCCGCAGAGCGCGGCCCUUGGUCCAGCCGUCCAAGCCACCGUCCCAUCGACACCUCAGAGCGCAUCGUUUGCCUCGAUGUUUGGCGGAGGCCCGUAUGAGCGGACCGAUACGCUGUUGGCCAUGGGAGGCUUGGGCAUGUCCCGGACAGGCACGAUGAACUCGAGCUCAACCGCGAGUUUGACCACGGCGAGUCUGAACUCGAUGGGGAGUACGGAUGGCAUCUUGACGCCAUCUUCUGCACUCAGUCCGGGACCAGGAGGGGGCCCGUUGGGGCCAUUGCCGUUUCGGUUGAACACUGGCAAUAAAGUGGGCGGAUUCUAG